ACCAAUCACAAUCGGCGUGGAGAGUAGGAAUUUUCGAGGGUGUUAAAUCACGAUUGGUUGGUUCGUUUAAUGACAAGUGUUCCGUUUGCUUUUCUUUUUUUUACGCGCUCUCAGGUGCUCUUGAGAAAGGUUUUCGAUUUUCCUCCUCCGAUCUCACGAAUUGGGCUGACGCUUCGCUCGUCACGCGGAACGGAAAACCAUUUUCAUCACGGAGAUCAUCUCGCCCUUUUCUGCACAGGGGCCCGAUUCUUGAAGUCAUUCGCAAGAGAAACGUAUACGCAAAUACUCGCUCUAACUGAAAGUUAAUCGAGCCCCAGGAGCUUAAGAGUUACCGCGGAUUGGCAGAAGAGCGACGUUUCUUUUUGUUUUGGUCGAGCUUCCGCGUUUCGAGUUGAUCAGCUGUUACGGUUUUCGAGCUACUCUCAGGUCUCGGGAGUUUCUGUCCCGGACAGAUCAUAAUGCUGUAACCGCCUGUAACUCUCGCGACGAGUCGUCUCUAAUUCCCGGAGGACAAUGAGUUUCUCGGAGAAAGGACAGGAGAGCAUAUCUAAGGAGGAAUGGAUGUCAAAGCUGGAGGAGAGCUCCUAUAUACAGAAGAUGUCGAUGAACAACCUAAUCAUGAAUUAUCUAGUCACAGAAGGAUUCAAGGAAGCUGCUGAGAAGUUCCAGCAGGAGUCGGGGGUAGGUCCGACGGUGGAACUGAGCUCCCUGGACGACAGAAUCCGUAUUCGCGACGCUAUCCAGAACGGUCGUAUUCAGGAGGCGACGGAUCUGGUAAACCAGCUGCAUCCCGAGCUGUUAGACAACGACAGAUAUCUAUACUUUCACCUGCAGCAGUUGCAUUUGAUUGAACUGAUACGUACGGGUAGAGUCGAGGAGGCACUCCAGUUUGCCCAGGAUCAGCUCAGCGAGGCCGGCGAGUCGGAUGAUAAUAUAUUGUGCGAAUUGGAGCGUACAUUGGCGCUAUUGGCCUUUGAUGAGCCACAUAAGAGCCCGUUCAGCGAUCUUCUGCAUCCGACACACAGACAGAAAAUUGCGAGUGAAUUAAACGCUGCUAUAUUGAAAAUGGAGCACAGGGAAUCUACCAGUCCUCGACUCAACAAUCUGUUAAAGAUGAUACUGUGGGCUCAAGACGAGUUGGACAAGAAAAAAGUGAAAUACCCGAAGAUGACCGAUCUAGGUAGUGCUACAAUCGAGGAUACAAAGUAAUUUUAAUAACAGAUAAGAAGAGACUGGAAACGUUCCUCAUAUUUUAUUUAUGAAUGAGAUAAAUGAAUGUCUUGAAUUGACUUAUAUAUGCAAUUUUGUUUAAAUUAUAGUUUAUUUUAUAGGAAAUUAUAUCUGAAUUUUAAUCUUGUAUAACAAAUUAGAGAGAGAGAGAGAGAUGGAUGGCGUGUAGUAUCAUUAAUGUAUUAAUUAUAAUAAGAAUGUAAUGAUUAAACCAAUAUAUAUCGUUGUUAUAACUGCUCUAA